CUUUACACAUACAAUCAUUAAACUCACUAGCAGGAAGCUCAUUUACAUCACAGAGCUGCAGAUAUUUGGAGGAAAAAUGAUUGUGAUAUUAUGAACACAAACAUCUAGUGAUGAGCAAGUGAGACCACAUGUACUUCUGCUGGAGAAGAUGGAGGGAGCAAAACAAAGCCUGUUCCUCUUCAUUCUAGGUUUAACGGCAAGUAUCUUCCCACAUCAGAGCUGUAGCUUUAACCUGGAUCUGAUUAACUACAGUGAACAGUCCGGUCCAGAGGGGAGUUACUUUGGCUUUUCUGUGGACUUUUUACAAGCAAAUAGCAAAGAGGUAAGUGUUGUAGUGGGUGCACCCAGAGAUAAUGUAGGAAGUUCCCAGGGUGGCUCUGUCUUCAACUGCCCCUGGACACCAACCAAAGGGCCAUGUCAACGGCUGGCCUUUGACCAGACAGGUGACGAAAACAUUACAUUUAACGACAUUCUCCUCUUGGCCCAUAAGUCUAACCAAUGGCUGGGGGCCACAGUGAGGGUCUACAAUAGUUCCAUCUUGGCCUGUGCCCCUUUGUUCCAUUGGAAUGUGGUUCAAGGCACUGAGGAGGCCAUGAACACACCAGUGGGGAACUGCCAGCUAUUGGACACAGAGACUGGAAGUUUAGCAAACUAUGCCCCCUGUAGGGGAAUUGCAGUGGAGGAAAGCUACACCAAAGCCAGAGGCUAUCGAGACAGACGCUAUUGUGAAGUAGGUUUCAGCUCUGACUUCACUACGGAUGGUAGAGUGGUUCUUGGUGCUCCUGGAGGCUUUUUCUUCCAAGGUCAGAUCAUCACUGCACCUCUCCAAAGCAUCAUGGCCAGUGGCAAGACCUUUUCUCCGAUCCAUUCUCUGGUAGGAGAGUAUAAGUCAACAGAAAGGUUUGACCACUAUGACCUUUAUCUGGGCUACUCUGUGGCUACAGGCCAGUUCAACGCUGACAGUGUCCCAGACUAUGUAGUUGGUGUGCCAAAUGACCUGAACACAGUUGGCUCUGUAAAAAUUUUCAAUGGGGCUGCAGUUUCACUCAGAAUCAUGAAAAGUCUGAGUGGCUCUCAGGUAGCUUCUUAUUUUGGUCACUGUGUUGUGGUGACUGACAUCAACAGUGAUGGGAGGGAUGACAUCCUGGUUGGAGCCCCUCUCUUCAUGGAGUUCUUCUCCACUCAGAAGCUGCGAGAAGUGGGCCAGGUGUAUGUUUACUUGCAGAAGGAAAGCUACCGCAUCUCCCCCAUUCCUGACCAAUUCCUAGCAGGCACACACACCUAUGGGCGCUUUGGCAGCACCAUCGCUCCUCUAGGAGACAUUGACCAUGACGGCUUCAAUGACAUAGCUGUGGGGGCACCAGGUUCCGGUGAAGGGGGCUGGGUAUUCAUCUACAUGGGGCAGAGUGAUGGUUUGAGCCAACAGUUUGUGCAGGUCAUAGAGAGCCCUUUCCAGCCUCCAAAACCAGCGUCAGCCUUUGGCUUCAGCAUAAGAGGAGGCACGGACAUAGAUGGCAAUGGAUACCCAGAUCUCAUCAUUGGUGCAUGGGGGGCAGACAAAGUGGUCAUAUACAGAACAAAGGCAGUAGUGAGGACAAAAGCCCAGCUUUCCUUCUUCCCUGACUUUCUAAACCCUGAUGAAAAUUUUUGCCAGGUGUACAACACUACAGCCUCCUGUUUUACAAUUAUGAUGUGCGUCAGUGUGACGGGCAACAGAAUACCAGAGGAGAUUGUGCUGAACACAGAGAUACAGCUGGAUAAGCUGAAGCCAAAUAUGGCCAGACGGACCCUCCUGGUGGAGACCACUCAGCCGCACAGUCAGUUUCAACUCUCCAUUAAUAGAAACACUGGAACAGCCUGCAGGAAUCUCACCGCCUACCUAUUGGCGGAAUUCAAGGACAAGCUGAGCCCGAUUGUUGUCUCACUUAACUACAAACUGGCUGCCAGCACUGGUGUUAUGCUGCAUGGACAAAGUGCUAUAGUGGGCCAGACACGGAUCAUUCUUGACUGCGGUGACGAUAACAUCUGCAUUCCUGACUUGAAGCUGGCAGCUGAGUCGGAUGGGAAGCCUUUUCUGAUAGGGGAUGAAAAUCCAGCUCUUCUGAUCAUAAAAGCAGAGAACCAGGGAGAAGGGGCAUAUGAGACAGAGCUGCACAUCCGCCUUCCUGCCCGAACACACUUACAGUCUGUGCUGAGCAACAAGGAGGGCUUCACUCAUCUGCUAUGUGGUCCGAAAAAAGACAAUGGGUCAGUCAUUGUGGUGUGUGAACUGGGCAACCCAAUGAAGGCUGGCCAGAAGCUCCAAGCUGGCCUGUUCUUCAGUAUGGGUGGGCUGGAGGAGGUCGAGACCCAUGUGUCAUUCCAUUUACAAAUUAAAAGCAAGAACAGUCAGAACCCAGACAGCAACCCAGUGGAAGUUAAGAUUAAUGUUCAGGCUGUGGCUUCUUUGGAGAUGCGUGGAGUCUCCUCUCCCACUGAGUGUGUCCUACCCAUUGCUAAAUGGGAGCCGAAGCCUUAUCCGGAGGAAUUAGAGGAUGUAGGCCCACUUGUAGAACAUGUGUAUGAGUUAAGGAAUAAAGGGCCAAGCCCAGUGAAUGCCAGGCUCCGGCUGCAUUUCCCUGUGCAGCAGAAUGGAUCCUACCUCCUGUAUGUGUUUGCCAAUGCUUCUGAGGAGCUCCUCUCCUGCAACACCAGCUACAGCAUUGAUCCACAAAGGCUAGUGAAAUCAGAGCCCAAAAACACUACCGCGUUGCCUCAUCACCAUCUCAACAAACGUGAGGUCCAGCAGCAGCAGGAUGAGCUUGUCCAGCAGCGCAAAGAAACUGUCUAUGUGAACUGCUCUAGUGGGGAGCCGUGUGUGGUGUUCAACUGUGUAGCCGCAGGGCUGCAGAGAGACGGUAGAGCCGUUGUGAGGGUGGCGGCACGGCUGUGGGUCAACACCUUCUUACAGACACCUUAUGUAAAUUAUGUCCUCCUAUCCACUGCUUACUUUGAGGUAUUGAGUGUACCUUCUAAAAUCCAGCCAAAAGUCUUCCCAAGUGGACAAGCAGAGACAAAUACUACAGUGGUUUGGAGGAGUCCAGAUGGUCAGAAAGAAAUGCCUGUGUGGUGGAUUUUGGUGUCGGUCAUUGCUGGACUCCUGCUCCUGGCUAUGCUGAGCAUCAUCUUCUGGAAGAUGGGUUUCUUCAAGCGCAGCCGUCCUCCAACUGAUGAUGAAGAUGAUGAUGCCACGCAGGAGCUACAAGCAGAGCAGUCACCAACAGAAUGAACAUGAUUACAGCACUCCACUCAAAAGCGAAUACAGCUCUGAAGAUUACUUAAAGCUCCAUUAUUUAAGAGUUUUUGUUCAUUACAUUACAUUACAUUACAUUUACAUUUAGCAGACGCUUUUAUCCAAAGCGACUUACAAAUAAUGUUCAAAUUGGAAAAAGAAGCAUUUCAGUCAAAAUGGCUAUUAAAUUACUUAUUUUGCAGUGUCAGGAAAAUAAUUUAUAAAUAAAUUAUACAUAAUCUUCCACAUAUAAUAUAAUUUUCAGUAUUUUGUAUCUUCACUCAUUGCCUUUAUUACAGUUAUGUUCUUCUCUGGGGGACUUGGGUUCAUUUUUCCAAAUAAAUCUUUACUACAAGUUCAGUCUUAAAA